ACGGGUGCCCGCUGGGUUCAUGGCGGGGGCGCCUCUCACUGCGCAUGCGCCCUGCCCUCUGUCUCACGCGCAUGCGCAGCGCGCCCCGCCCGGUGGCGCAGCAGGGAGGGAACCGCCCCCCCAACUCUGAGGUUGACGGUUCGAGUCCCGGCGACGCCACCUCCGAGGGGGGCCCCGUGACCACCCGCUGUGUCCCGGUGUGUCUUCCCCGGGCGAUCGGCCCCGGUUGCCACCCCCGGCCCGGCCGAGCCCUCCGGCGGGCGGAGCCAACCCUUCACACCCUGCCAGCCGUGUGGCAACACCACCGCCAACCUCCUUCCUUCCUUCCUUCCUCCCAGCCGCUGCCCCGGGGCCUGGCCGGGGUUGGGGGGGUCCCAUGGGUGAGCAGGUGACCGGGGACCCCCCGGGGAAAGGCCCUGAGGCCGAAGGCUUCACCCUCUGCCACACACCCGCCCUGCAGACAAAAAUCUUCCAGUAUCGGAUCUGGGACAUCAACCAGAAGUCGCUUUACCUGCGCGAUGACCAGCUGGUGGCCGGGCACCUGCAAGGGGCCAACGCUGCCCUCGAAGAGAAGGUGUUCUGGGUGCCCAACCGCGCCUUCGAGCCCGCCCGGCUGCCCAUCAUCCUGGGCAUCCAGAACGGCACCCGCUGCCUGGCCAGUGCCCCCGCCAGGCAGCCCACCCUGCGCCUGCAGGACGCCGACAUCCGGGAGCUGCCCCACACCGGGGAGGCCUCGGCCACCUUCACCUUCUUCCGCUCCUACAAGGACGGGCUGUGGCGCUUCGAGUCGGCCGCCAACCCCGGCUGGUUCCUCAGCACGUCGGCACGCGGCCACCAGCCCCUGGGGCUCUCCCGGCACCCCGACGCCACCCACCUCCUCGACUUCUACUUCCAGCUCUGCUGAACCCCCUCGUCCCUGGGGACGGUGACGUCCUGCGCCGGGGACGGCGGCUUUCCCCCCCCCCACCCCUCCCCCCCGGGACAGUGACACCCCCCUGGCGACGGUGACG